AUGUCAAUCCUGUGGUCAAUAAAAAAAUUCGAUGCCUAUCGAAAGCCGAUGGACGAUUUUCGAAUAAAAACGCUAUCAGGCGGCCUAGUGACGCUCGUUGCGACAUUUGCAAUAGGUCUUCUCGUAUUUUUGGAAACCAGUAACUUUUUCACAAUUAACGUGCACGAGCAAUUAUUCGUCGAUUCAUCAACAUCAGAUGAGCACGUCAGUAUCGAGUUUGACAUUACAUUUCACAAAUUGGCAUGCAGCUUUAUCACGGUAGAUGUUAUGGAUGUAACAAGCGAAGCUCAGGAAAAUAUAAACGACGAUAUCUAUCGUUUGAGAUUGGAUGAAAACGGAAAUAAUAUGACGGAUACUGCACAGAAGAUAGAGAUCAACCAAAAUAAGACAGCGCUUGCUCCAACGGAAGCACUCAACCAGAUUAAAUGUGGAAGCUGUUAUGGAGCGGCUCCAGACGGAAAGUGUUGUAACACGUGUGAUGAUGUGAAAAAUGCUUAUGCUAUCAAAGGUUGGCAGGUGAACAUUGAAGAAGUCGAACAAUGCAAGAAUGAUGAAUGGGUGAAGUCAUUCAAUGAGCAUAAGAAUGAAGGAUGUCGGGUGUAUGGCAAGGUGCAGGUCGCCAAAGUUGCCGGCAAUUUCCAUCUUGCUCCAGGUGACCCGCAUCAAGCAAUUCGCACGCAUGUUCACGAUCUUCACAAUCUCGAUCCGAACAAGUUUGAUGCAACCCAUACCAUUAAUCACAUUUCGUUCGGUCCGGCUUACCCGGGAAAAGAAUAUCCAUUAAAUGGGAAGUUGGCGAAAUCGGAAAAAGGCGGAAUCAUGUAUCAGUAUUAUGUGAAAGUGGUGCCGACGCGUUAUGACUACUAUGAUGGAAAGGUCGAUGAAAGUCAUCAGUUUUCAAUAACGACACAUAAAAAGGAUAUUAGCCAGGGUCAAGCUGGACUCCCUGGAUUUUUUUUGCAAUAUGAAUUUAGCCCGCUAAUGGUGCAUUAUCAAGAAUACCGACAAAGCUUGGCCACAUUUUUAGUAUCAUUAUGCGGGAUUGUUGGCGGCGUUUUUGCAAUGGCUCAACUCAUCGAUUUGACAAUUUAUCAUUCAUCGCGUUUUGUUAAACAACACAUGGGAGGAAACAAAUUAAUUUAA